AUGUUGAGUUUUUCAGAUGAGGACAAGGUUGGAACCAUACAUCCCCAUGAUGAUGCUCUUGUCGUUACGCUGAGAAUUGGUGGGUACGAUGUGAAAAGGGUGAUGAUUAACCAAGGCAGUGCUGCUGACAUAAUAUACCCUGAUUUGUAUAGGGGGCUAAAUCUGAAACCUGAAAACUUGAAAGCCUACAGUUCUCCUUUGGUGAGCUUUGAGGGAAGAAUAGUUGUUCCAAAAGGUCAGGUCAGAUUGCCUGUGCAAACCGGUACGGAUGUGGUGGAAGUGGACUUCAUUGCUGUAGAUGUUUUCUCUCCCUACACAGCUAUUAUGAGCAGACCUUGGCUUUAUAUCUUGGGGGCCAUCUCCUCUACUCUACACCAGAAGGUGAAGUACCCAUCCGGAGGCCAGGUUUUGGAGAUAGUAGGAAGUCAGGCUGCAGCCCGACAAUGCCUGGUAGCAGCCAUUCAACAUCGGCCAGAGGCUAAGACCUCGGCCACCGCUGAUAAUGGUUUAUAG